AUGAGAGACUUAGUCUUUAUAACUGGUAAUGCUAAGAAAUUAGAGGAGGUUGUAGCGAUACUCGGGAACAGCGUUGGAUGGAAUUUUACUGCUAGAAAAAUUGAUUUGCCUGAAUUCCAAGGCGAAAGCGAUGAAAUAUCAAGAGAGAAAUGCAAAGCAGCUGCUCAAAUAGUCAAAGGGCCAGUCAUUGUUGAAGAUACUUGUCUGUGUUUUAAUGCAUUAAAAGGUUUACCAGGACCUUACGUCAAGUGGUUUCUACAGAAAAUAGGACCAGAAGGAUUACACCGGUUAUUGGCCGAUUGGGAAGAUAAAUCAGCUUAUGCAUUGUGCACGUUUGCUUACUCAAAUGGUGAUCCAUCGCGAGACGUAAUAUUAUUUCGCGGUCGAACCGAUGGUACAAUAGUAAGCCCUAGAGGAUCUCGUGACUUUGGCUGGGAUCCGAUAUUUCAGCCUACUGAUUAUAAUCAGACGUAUGCUGAGCUGCCUAAAGAUGUAAAAAAUAAAAUAUCUCAUCGAAGCAAAGCAAUCAUGGCCAUGGCGGAGUAUUUUAAAAAUACGACCAGAGAAUAA